AUGAGCGUCACCAGCGCCGCAAGCCCGGCCAGCGCUGGUAGUCCAAAGCUCACAUUCAUCUCGUCGGUGCCCAGCUUGUCGUCUUCACCGCAGGCCAUGAGCCCGCCCUCCUUUCCCACUCAGCUCGCCUUCUCGCCUUGGCGCGGCGCGGUGCCCACGGUACCGGGCGUACCGGGCGUGGUGCCCGUGGUGGCCGCGGCGUCACCGGUGACAACGACGCCGACCUCCGUGGCCCAGGAGGCUUUGGUGAGCAAUCGUCCGCCCUCACCCAAGGAUAGCAUUGCUGGUGCAAAUGAAGCACGACCCAGCUUUGGAGCUCCUUUUGAGGUGCGGCCGAAGUCGCGGGAAUCCAAAAGUGGUACCUUGACACGUGGCAAGAGCAUGCAGGCCUUGGAAACUACGAGCCCUGCCAAGAAGGCCAGUCCACGGGACCGCACUUCGACGGAUGGCUCGCGCAUUGGCAACCAGAUGCUCCGUAGUGCAAGCUUCUCCUCCAUGGAGGGCUCAAUACCUCGAAGUACCAGCGUCAAGACCAUGAGGACAAGUCGCAGCGCACGCUUAAGUCUCAGCAAUUUGUCGUUGUGUGCCAGCGAGAGCGUUGAACAAGAGCGUCGCCAGACCGAGCGUGGCUUGGAGCGAGAGAGUCGCUGGUUGAGGCGCGCCUUAAGCGAAGAGAUGCGCCACAUCGAGACGAUGCAGGAGCAAGAUGCUCAGCAUGAACACUGGCGACAAGAUCAAAUGGAACGGCAGCGGCAGGCGGAAGCACGCCACCGGCAGCGAAGCUUGCACCGAUGGGAAGAGAGCUGCAAACGGAAAGCUGCUGAGGAGUCUCGGCAAAAGCAGGAGAGCGAGCAGCAUGAUGCUGCCUUUGAGCAGAACCAGGAACGUCUACAGGCAGACCGCCAAGCUGUUGAAGCAAAGCAGCUGGAGCAGCGACAGAGACAACAGCGACAGGCCGAUAAGCGCCGUGCCUCGUUGUCCGAAAUUGAAGGGCGCAAAGAGGCGCAGAUGAGAUUGGCUGGACCAGAUCGCACAGUAGCUCAGUCAUUCUCCCUAGCCUUCGAAGAAGACUCCGAGCCAAUUUCUGAAAAGAAAGCUCAAAAGCCCGAGACGCUCUUUCGGGAAGAACUUCCUCUCCCGGACCGGGAGAUUGGCACAGAGUAUUACGAAUGGGUAGACGGCAAAGUCUUUUUUGUAGCCGAAGUCGAACUUCAUCAACUGAAAGCCUUUGGUGUUUCAACUGUUCUGAGUCUGGCAACAGGGUCAGAGAUGUUGAUUUCGAAAGAAAAGGAGUUGGAGGAGAGCGGUUCAGAACUGAUUUAUGCCACAGCCUCAGAUCGAGAGGUGAGGCCUCCCAAAAAGGCCAAGUUUGGUCGCAAGUCCGAAGUCCUGGAAUCGUCAGAAUCAAACAACAGCAGCAGUGGUUCGGAGGAUCUAGGGAUUCUUUCGAAAGCAGCAAAGUCAUGGCACGUUGGGGAUAUCAAACGAGAAAAGCAAGAAUCAGCGCCAAGCAAAUCAAAGAGUCGUUUUGCCCUUCUGGAAAACAGCAAAAAGAGAGAAGUCAAGUCCGAAGUGGAACAAUUGACCAAUCCUGCACUUCUGCUCAAACAGUUGAAAGGAGGUCAAGAUCCACUCCAAACUCUCCUCGCGCUCCAGCUUGCAGAAACGCUGGGAAAGAAGUCCAAGAAGAGCAAGAAACGAAAAAGCAGCAGUUCUUCUCGAGAUGCAGAAAGUUUGGACGACAGUGCGUCCAGCAGUGGGUCGUCAAGUCACCGCAAGCGAGGACAUGCUCGCGCCAUAGAAUCUUACCAAGGUUCUCGGAAGCGGAUGUUCCGCAAGCCUCUUCGCUAUGUGAAGCUCUAUGUGAAGGAGGUGGAGAAAGAGUUGGGGGCGGAAGACCGUCCUUACAAGCUGUCCGAAUAUGGCCGGAAAGUGCAGUGGGGGAAACAGCGCUCACUGCAGCGAUGCCAUUUCAUGCUCAGCGAGAUUCUCACCCGGCUUCUGAAGGGGCAAGUGGAAAAAGCUGCGUUGCAAACAGUGCUCUGUCUGAGAAGCAUCCAUCAAGCCGCCAUCGAUGGAACGUGGGACAUAGCCUGGCUUUUGACUCAUCUGCCGGAUCCAUGGACAAAACCUCAGUGGGGAGGCAGUGCCGAGGAAUUGGGGUAUGUGACAAGCUACCUCAAAUCAAUGGCAGAGCUGAACAAAAAUGCCGAGAAAGCCCGCUUCUCCGCUCAGGGAAGUGCAGAUCGAGGAGAGGGCGAAGCCGCUGUCCCUCCCAAAAAGGGAAAGGGAAAGGGCAAAAGCCGCGACAAGGAGAAGGACAAGCCGAAGGAGGAGGCAGGAACUGUCGAGGACGAGGUAGCCGUUCUCUUGCCUGUGUCCAUGGCCCUCAGAGACGAAACUGGCAAAAUCGUUUCUGGGGGCCUUUUCGCAGUCCUCCAGGACGCAGGGUGCAUGCAGAGCUCAGAGGUCAUUGCGUAUCGAGACUUGCUUCCAGCCAGAGCUGCUCAUGUUUGUGCUUUGUUUGCCCUUAUGCCCGAGUUGCAGACUCGCAAGUCCAACCGAAAGAUUUUGAAGCAGGCUGUCAAUUUCGUAAGCCGUGACGGAGCUCCGUCGUCCGAGAGCAAAAAGGCAGGUCUGUUGAAAACAUGUUGGACCACUGUUAAAGCCUGGCAAGAGCAAGUCGGUGGGCUAGUCCGCAGUCACUUGAGCAUUACAUUCAACAAGCAAAAGCACAGAGGUGGGGAAGCCUUGCGGAAGAAGUUUAGAAAGAUCUCCAUUGUCGGUGGAACUUUGAAAGGAGCACACUACGGUGACGUCUCGGAAACCGAUCUGAGAAAAGCUGCUAAAUCCUACAGAGGGGAUCCCAGAUUUGCCCAGUUUUGUAAACAGUGGGUGGCUGCCGAAACAGUGGCUCCGGAUGACGAGCCCUCCUGCCUUGGACACCAGAGUGCCAAUUCAUUCUCGGGAGAUAUGGGCGAGGGGCUCAACCUUUUGUCCGCAUUCACCCUUGACUGGAACAAGUUUGCGCUGGAAAGUUUGGUGGUUUUGGGGGUCUCUUGGUGCAUCAGCACCAUCGAAAAUCAGCUGAUUUUUGCAAUCUCGAUACCUGGCAGUUCGAUCAGUUCGCAUUGCUUGCUAGCCUUGGAUUUGACAAGGCCACUUCACACUCAUUUCAGGCGUGCCCCAGAGAAAAAGAGGGCGCGGUGA